AUGAAUCCGGCUGCAUCGACUCGGGCCAUUGCCCUCAGCCACGUCCUGCACUCGGGCUCGUACUUGGAGGCGGCCUCCCGCCUCGCCGACCCGCGCCACGACCACGACGCCGUUGUCCGCGCUGCCGCCGCUCGCUCGCGCGCCCCGCCGCCGCCGCGUCCCCGCGCUGCCCGCCCCGGCGCCCACGUCCAUGGCAUGGAGCCGGCACUGGCCUUUGUGCCUGCCGCCGAUGGAUCGCGCGAGGCGGUGCUCGCGCUGCCCGAGGCCGGCGAGGCGGUGCUGGCGCGGAUGGCGGCGCGCGAGGAGGCGGCCGAGGCGGCUGCGACGGCGACGCUCGGUCCGAGCACGCUCGGUGCCGCGCACACCGAGCAGCGGGCGGCAGUCCACACCCUCGUUCCGCCGUUUGCCUUUUCGUCCGACGCCGGAUCGCCGGCCCGCCGCGCUGAAGUCGCGCUGCGCAAAGCUCAGCACUGGCACUCGCUCGGGCAGAUGCGGGCGUCAUUGGCGUCGGCUAUGGCGCCAGCCGCCUCCGACUCGGCCUCUCACGCCAUGAGCGUCACCACCGCCGCCUCGGUCCGGGCCGUUGUCGACGCCAUGACAGAGGCCUCACUGUCGCCGUCAAAGCGGCGCCGCAGCUCGCCACGCCGCUCCGCCGCCGCAGGCGUGGAGACCGACUCGGACGAGUCGGACGAGGGCGACUGGCGCGAGGCCGAAGGCGACGCAGUCAUGAUGUCACAGGCAGAGCGCUUGCCACAGCGCGAUGUAUGGGGCGCUGCCUCACUGGUUCUCGAGCGCGACACCGAGCUCGAGCACGCGCUCAACUCGCCACCGGAGAAGCUUGCUCUUCCGAGCGCGGCGCCAGUGGCAGCUGCCGCUCGUAAGCGAGUCCCAUUUAACUACCGCAUUGCAGAGCCAAUGGACAAUGCCGGCAACGUCUUGCCGCAGCCAUCAGCCCUGCUCGACAAGCUCAAGGCUCACCAGCGGUCCAACUCGCGGUCGGCGGCCACGCGGCGGAUGCGGACGCUCGAGGUCCGCCUGCACCCUCGCGCCAGCGAUGCAGUCCACAACGCACUCAACGCUCACCUUGCGGAGGCCGCAGCGCUACAUGCACAGCUGCAAGCCGGCGCUGGCCUUGCCGAUGGCACCACUGUCGACGUCGAUCCCGAGCUCGUUGCUGCGCUCUCGGCCACGCCGGCACUCUCUUCUCAUCCCGUCGCCGGCGCGGACACUGAUGAAAACUCGAAGUUGGCCCAGAGCAACACACAUUUUGCGCCACUCAACCCGUACUUUGCCGGCGCGCUUGGCGAGCUCUCGAUUCCAGAUGCGGCGCGACGCGCUGUCUCCAACCGGCUCGGCCGCCUUGUCCGCGAGCGCGCCGCACCCAAGCACCACGCCCCCAUCUCGGGUCUACAGGGCUUACUGGCCAACGCUCGCCUCCGGGUGUAA